AAAAAGCUGAAGAAGAACAUUUGUGUUGACCUUUUUAGCUUAAAGAUGGGGUACUGGGAUGUUCCACAGGGGACCGAUUGUGUGGAGAAAACAUGGACUACAACCAAACUGGGCACAGCUUUGGGUCUAGUGGGGUCAGCCUAUUACUCCUUGUCGGUCCCACCUGAGCCUGCUCUGUCGACACUGACGAGGUCCCUCGGUGCUACAGUGUUGAUGGCCUCCGUGGGGGCUGUCUUUGGAGUGACCACAUGCCUCAGUGCUUCGAUCCGAGACGCCCCCGAAGACCCCUUCAACUUUUUUAUUGGGGGCUGCGCGUCGGGGGUCCUCCUCGGAGCCAGAAGCCAGAGUGCUGCGGUGGGAACGACAGCCUGUCUCGGUUUGGGAGCUGUGGCCUAUUUGGUUAAAGCUGGUAGAGCAGAAGGAUGGAGAUUCAGCGGUCCUCCUGAGGUUUAAGACAGCUUUCAGAAGAACUUCUGUGACCGUUCUGUAAAAAUAUGUUACUCAAUAAAGUUUAUGUAAAAAUAA